GACAAUCACUUGACAGGGCUAAAUCGUUCGGUGGAUUUGCUGCAUUUGUGUGUAUUUGUGUGUAAAAAGGGAAACAAUCAGAAAAAAUGCCUGAUUUAUCAGCAGCGGAAAAAGAUUUCCUGCACCGAAAACAUGAGCAGACACAAAAACUUCGUGCUGAAUAUUUGAAACAAAUUUCGAAUCCUUUCAAACAUGCCACAGGCGAAGGUGGUACUCUGUUCGAUGCCGGUUUAGCUCGCUUCCAAGCUAUGCGUGUCUCCAACUAUGACCAUUUCAAGCCAACAGGUGUAGCUUUCCGUGCUGGCUUUUUUGCCGUGGUGCUGCCCAUUGUGGUCUAUGCAUGGGCUCUGAAAACAGAACGCGCUGGUCGAGAGCAUAAAUAUCGCACCGGGCAGGUGGCAUACAAGGAUCGUCGAUUCAAAUUCAAUUAAAAUGGAUUUUAUCGAAAGCACACGAAUUCGGUUGAUGAAAAUUAGCCAAAUAUUCUUGAAAUGUGUGCAUAAGCUUUUAUUAAUUGGUAUACAUAGUCUAAUUAAAUGGAAAAUUGAACAUAAAACCGUGAUCAAUAUACAUAUGUAAAAAAUAUUGCGUA